AUCCCAACCCAAAAGCUCUUGUUGGCUACAUCAAGGAUCACUAAUACAUGAAGCUUUAAAAAUCAUCUCCUGUGCCUCUCCAGAGGCAAGUGACUCGACUUCCUCAUUGACGUCUAAAUAAACAAGCCACUGGACACCCCAGGCUGCAAGAAAGUUGGAUAAACAUUUGCUUGGGAGGAACCACUUUGGCAAAGUUCUCGGAGCUGAUCUGCCCUGUUCAGGUCCCACAGACAUCAAGUGCCAUCAUGAGAAAGUGGCAUUGAGCUGAUAUUGCCUUCUCCAUGUCCUCUUUGCAAAAUCAGCACUGAGUCCUUCAUAUCUUCAUGAAUCUAUUUAUUUCCUUGACAAAUACUUAUUGAACCUCUGGUCUCUGCUUGGAGCUGGUGUAGGGGGCAGGAGGAGGAGAUAGUAGGAGUCACUGCCUUUAGAUCAGCAUGAAAGUUACUGUAUGAGUCAAAAUAAUUAUUUAUGCUACAAAUGCAAAGGGUACACUUAAAUCUUAUAAGGAGAGACAACUUGAGUAAAAAGAAAACGCUUUGAGAAGAUGACAUUUGAGUUUCUUUUUCUGAAAUGACAUUUAAAUUGAGAUUAAGAAGUCAAGUAGGAUGGGAUAGAGUAGAGCUCCAGGUUUCCUAGCAGAAGAAAUAGUGAGGCAGGCUCAGAGAGGUUAAGCAACAUGCCCAGGAUGUGCAGUUGGAGUGAGGGAGGGCUGAACCUCCAGUGUGUGUCUUUUUGUCUUUGCACCACCACCUACUAGCUAGGUGUGACUGUGGCAUUGACUCCAAGGCAAGGGGGCUUAGCUCCCCUGGCAGGUUCUUAUCCACUAGGGUAGGUUGGGGGUGUUCCCAUUUUCUCACACUAGCCAUUGUCAUCAGAAUAAAUUCCUAGCUGUAGAAGAUGCAGCAACUGCACCUGGUAGAGAUCUACGGAUGCUUUCAAGUGGAAGAUAACUUUCCCAUAACUCUAGGCCAUUGCUUAUAGUUUGCUUAAGCCAGGACCAUCUGUAGGAAGCAGAAUGCUUGCUAAGAUAAAAUCUUCAGCCACAUUCACAAUACCCUCUUAAUUCCAUUGACAUCAGGACAUUGUUGAAUUCUGCCUGGCAGUACUGGGCCCCUUUACUGCUCCAGGGCCUGUGGCCUUCUCCAACAUUCACCCCUAGACCUAAUCCAAUCAAGCCCCACCCCUUCUCUCUUUUGAUAUUUUUCCCAUAAGCAUUUCCUUGUGCUGGAAAGCUGUCCCCUCUCCAAUAAUGAAAGCCUCGCUGUCUUUUAGAUUCAAUAUCUAAAACAAACGUAGUCUCUUGGGGGCUCUUACCCUUCAGUGUGAUCUCUUCCCAAAGCAAGGGAAAUUUAUGAAAAUCUACCACUCCCGAGGCACAGUAAGCAGAUGUUGGAUAAAUGUUUACCUUCUUUCCAUAUUAUUUGUGAACUAUUUUGAGUACACCCUGGGCUUUAAAAACAGACUUCUCAAUCAGGCAGAUCUGGCGUUUUCUAAUCUUUACUCUUUUGGUUUCUAUUUUGUGAUCUUGGCCAAGUUGUUUAAUGUCUCAGCCCUCAAGCUGAGGGCACUAUUUGCUUUUGCUUCAGGGGGCGCUGUUCACACAGAAUUCAGGGGUGUCUCCAACUGGCUGGGAGAGAGUGCAGCCUUAAUUACCAUUCUCUGCUCUCUGGAGACUUGUCUUCGACCUAGUCUUCCCUUUCAUUUUUUCUGGGCUGUACAUCUCCACUUUUGAAGGUCCACUCUGUCCACUCUGGCACAGUGGUCUCUCACCCAGUAAGCAAUGUUUUCCCUUGGUAAAGUGCUGUGUUCUGUGAAGUUUGGGAGAGAAGAAUUUUUUAAAAAUCUCUGGAGGAGCCAGGUAGUUCCAACUGUGUGGUUAGGAGUUCCUGUCAUCCCUUAGGGCUCUUUGGACCUUCUGUCACUAUCCUCACAGUUUCCAGGGAAGUGCUACACUCCUUGAAAACUGAACAAAACAGAGACAAAGUGCCUCUUUGGUCCUUCUUUGCAUAGCUGAGAUCUUAAGGAACAGUUAUGAAAUAUGAUAGAAAUUCACACUGGAAGUGCACAUAGAAUGAGUGUCCAGCUUUUAAAGCACUGGUUUUUGAAGUCCACAGCAAAUGCAUGGAACCUCACAGAAGUCUGAUGGAACCUCACAGAUCAGGGUGUUCACAGAAAGGAUGUUCAAACAACUUCGGAAAUGGUUUGUCACUCACUUUUCUGGGCAUUCUCGGCAGAGAGCAAGGCUGGUCUCCAAAGACGGAAGAUGCAAUAUAGAAUUUGGCAACGUGUAUGUACAGUCAAGAUUUAUAUUUUUUGUGGACAUCUGGACAACUGUGCUUGAUCUCAAAUGGAGAUACAAAAUGACCAUUUUCAUCUCAGCCUUCUUGGGGAGUUGGUUCCUCUUUGGCCUCCUAUGGUAUGUCGUAGCCUACGUUCACAAAGACCUCCCAGAGUUCCAUCCUCCAGACAAUCAUACCCCCUGUGUGGAGAAUAUUAAUGGCAUGACCUCAGCCUUUCUAUUUUCUCUGGAAACUCAAGUGACCAUUGGAUAUGGAUUCAGGUGUGUGACAGAACAAUGUGUCACUGCCAUUUUUCUACUAAUAUUCCAGUCUAUUCUAGGAGUUGUCAUCAAUUCUUUCAUGUGUGGUGCCAUUUUAGCCAAAAUCUCAAGACCCAAAAAAUGUGCCAAGACCAUUACAUUUAGCAAGAAUGCAGUGAUUAGCAAGCGGGGUGGGAAGCUCUGUCUUCUGAUCCGAGUGGCUAAUCUUAGGAAGAGUCUCCUCAUUGGAGGUCACAUAUAUGGAAAACUUCUGAAGACCACAGUCACUCCUGAAGGAGAAACCAUUAUUUUGGACCAGACCAAUAUCAACUUCGUAGUUGAUGCUGGCAAUGAAAAUCUAUUCUUCAUCUCCCCAAUGACAAUUUACCACAUCAUUGAUCACAAUAGUCCCUUUUUCCACAUGGCAGCAGAAACACUUUCCCAGCAAGACUUUGAGUUAGUAGUAUUUUUAGAUGGCACAGUGGAGUCAACCAGUGCUACCUGCCAAGUCCGCACGUCUUAUGUUCCAGAAGAGGUUCUUUGGGGCUACCGUUUUGUUCCCAUAGUCUCCAAGACCAAGGAAGGGAAAUACCGAGUAGACUUUCAUAACUUUGGUAAGACAGUGCAAGUUGAGACCCCUCACUGUGCCAUGUGUCUUUAUAAUGAGAAAGAUGCUAGAACCAGGACAAAGCUAGGUUAUGACAACCCCAACUUUGCCUUGUCAGAAGUCAAUGAAACAGAUGACACCGAAAUGUAGCAGUGGCUUUCACCAUGAAUGAAACAAAGUUUUCUAGGUACCCAGUGACUUCUACAUUAUGAAGCAAUCAACAGUUUUGGGUUACAAACACAAAAACAAGAGCCAUCAAGGUCUACCAGCACAAUGACCCCUACAAGGUACAUGACUCUACAAGACUAGUAUGUUAGCACACAUAAUGCAUUUAUAUGAAACUGCAUAUGAGAGCUACAAGUGUUCACCUGGAAUUUUGAAUAUGAUUAUUUUCGGUCAUUCAGUGUUCAUGAGAACAGAUGAAAUCACCAAGAGUCUCAUGGACAGGCUAAAGGAGAUAGUUUUUUUUUUUUAAGUCUCCUUGAAAGGGUUAGGAGCUUUAAAUGGGACCAAGAAGCAACUAUAUUUUCAUUUUGAUUCUGAUAAGAAAAAUGUUAUUUUUAUUUUAACACUGAUUUUAUUAACGGAAAAGUUGUCUUCUGUGUUGGAGGAGAUGAGCUAAUAAACCAAUGACAAUAAGAAGAGGUUGUUACACAAUGAAUAACUUGAGGAGCUAAGCUUCUCAAGUUCUGGCCAUUAGAGCCUUCAUCUGAGUCUGGAUCAUUUAUGUUACAUAAAGAGGAAGGAAAAGCACAGUCCAGGGACUAGGCAGGAUACAAACAUGCUUUACUUUAUGACUUACACAUAUGCAACAGCCCACAUUGGGCUUUGGCCCAAAUGUUUUCAUGUGGUACGUUUAGACAGAGGCUAGAGCUAUACUCCAUAAUCUUGAUGAACUACAUCUUGCCAAAGGGAAGGCUUGAGCUGAGAACAUUGGUGAUGUUUGUUUCAAUCUUCACUGGAUGGGUGAAGGAUCUACAGAUCUGUUAAGAGUAUUUCCUGCUCAUUCCCAAUAGCAGUGAGGAUUUUGAGAACGCAGUCAGUCUGAAAGGCUAAGGCAUACUAAUGGUUAAAGUUUCUUGUGUUUCUCUGCCUAGGGUUUGCACUUAAAUGUAUUUCUGAAGAGGUGAAGAGGGGAGAGCAAUAAGAUGUGGCCUCACAAGCAGGAUAUUUUGAGACCUUUGUGUCUCUAUAAGCCAUCCCCACAUCUUCCUAAAAGGGACCAAUCUAAUGGAAGGAUUUCCCCUUAGGGGAAGGUUUUAAUGUGAAUGGAUUAUAUUGUUUCUCAUCUGAAUUAUUUUGAAUAUAUCCUGGAAAAAUGGAAAUCAAAGAUGCUUGGUAAUCAAGAUGAUUCAAUGUGUUGAAAUAUUAAAUUUCUGAAACUAGUGUCUGUUUUGAUGCAUCAAAUGUGACAGGGAAACUGGGGAAAAUACUCUUGCUACGG